CACGCGACAAACUAUUGAAGAGUUCUCCGAAGCAUACUUUCCGUAAACAUGGUGCACGUAACAUUGCACUCAAAAAACUUACCGUCACAAUCACAACUUUGCUUUCCUCUGUAACCCGUGACACCACCCCCACCCCCCCUUAGUUAAGUUUUUAAAAACUUAAGUCUUAGUAAUUUUCCUCUCUGUUAACCUCUCUUGCAGCCGGCAAAACAGUCUUCUUGGAAAGGCACUCCAGGACAAUAUGUCCUGUACACUUAUUUUUCCAACAGGAAGCGUACAUAUAAUAUAAGCCAUACAUCAAACAGAACUGUACUGCAGAAACUCAAUUCUGCAGACAGUUACAGUGUUUUUAUACGAUCAUGUAACGAAGAAGGCAAGUGCAGUGUUAUAGGAAAUCGCUACGUCAUCAAGCCAUUGCAAGGUAAGUGGAUUUAGACUGCAGGCGUCAUUUUUUUCCUUGUCAUUUGUUUCUGUUUCCUCAAACCGCAUCAAAGUAAAAUAAAAUGUAAUGUGAGCAUUUCAGUAUCAGUCGUCCAAUCUUGCCUAAAAUAGUGCAUGUCAAUGGCAUUUGUAUUUCCAAGUUGAAAUUUUGACUGUGUGUCAUGUUUCAACUUAUGAAGGCGCCGCUGACUAUUUUCCUUUAGAAAACGGUCGCUGCCACUAUCAACGGUCGAUACCACCAUUGCUAACCAAGCCUUGAGUCAUAAGAGAUGUAAUAUAUUCCCUGGAUUAAGUUACAACAAGACGCUAUGGGAGCGUCGAUGUACUAGGCGUGUGUGAAUUUUUUUUAUGUGUAUUAGGGAUGUGUGGGUAGUGCAGUAGCGUUGUAUAUUUUAGGGUUUGGUUGAGAUGCGUGAAGUGGAAGGCGUCGAGUCAUAUUGGAUGUGAAUUGGUAAGAUAAUGGCUGUAGUUUGUCAAUCAGUGAAACUUGUUUCUCGUAGAAUUUAAUAUGAAGUAACAAAAAAUAAUUAUUUUGGGAGGUAAAAGUGAUUUUAGGUGUUGCAGUGAGGAAGUCGUGGAAGUGCUAAUUUGGGUAUGAAGGGAUAGUUACAGGGUGUUGAAGUCAAGUGGUGGUUGUGAUAAGCAUCUCAACCAACCCGUAAAAUAAACAACGCUACUACAUUAUUCACACGUGAAAAAAAAAACUUCACACAUGCGUAGUUUAUCGACGCCCAAAUAUACGCUCUCACAGCGUCUUGUUCUUUUUGGAGAUGUAUUGAUAUAUCAGUGUGGAGAAUUUGUCAGUGGAUAUAGGGGCUUUAAGACCGGGUUGAGGAGCAGGGAUGGUGCAUUGGUGAGAGCACUCGCCUCUCACUAAAGUGGCCCUGGUUCUUAGUUUCCAAACUUUUACUCGAUCCAGAAGGGCUUCGGAAUCAUAAUUUUUUCCCCUUCCUUUUCUAGGUAACUCAUUCCAGGCAAGCAAACAGGAAGGAUUCACUUCUGCACAAAUAGCUUCGAUUGUAGUUGCUGUGAUUGUUGGUUUAGUAGCAGCCGGGAUUGUUCUUUACAUUUUCUUUAAUUUCAGGUAAAAAAUUACAAAGAAUAUCACUGUUUGAUACAUUUCCCUCAUCCCUUCCCCUGCAGCAUCUGCGAGCCAUUACGUGGCCCUCUCUUCUUUAGAAGUUUGCUUUGCUUUUUUGCCUGCCUCCCUCCACACCCAUGUAGCCUUAAAUAUAUUGGAUGACCUCCCCCCCAAAAAAAUACUAGUUGAAUUGCCUAAAGCCUAUGUUUCAAAGCGAGGCUAAUUGCAUAGCCAUGGAUAAUGAUUUUUAAUUUUAGUGCAAAUAAAAAUCAUUUUCUCAAGACGGGUUUCACACUUAGCCUCGUUUUAAAAGUGAGAGGUAUUGGAACUCCAAAAUGGCGUAAUUGUGGGUUAAGAUGUGAAACAACGCUUCAAACAUUUGAUACACAGAGGUAUGUGAAAGUGAUGCUGUCAUACAUGUAUACUGAACUUUAUUUAACCUUCUUCUUCUUCAGAAAAAAUCGAAGGGAAAAUGCCUCCCGACCACCCUUGAGUGAUUUGGUUCAGCUAGAUGACGUAAGUACAGACUUUGCAUUACUAAUUUUUAUUGUGUUUCUCAGAAUUCCAUACAUUUUUUUAAAAUCUUGACGUACACGAUCGUGACUUUUCCUUUUGUUUUUAAUCCCUAAAACCAUAAAAAAGUUGCUUUUGUAGUAACCCUCACUAAAAAUCAAAUUUAAAAACUUUGAUGUUGUCUUAUGACUAAAGAAUUAGUUCUUUGAAAUGUAGGGGGGAGGGGUGGUCUGUGCACGAGCUACAUCCAAUCAAUAUUUCCUAAUUACAAAGAGCUAGGAGCAUAACUGUCCUUUGUCCGACUUAUAAGACUCGUACCCAUAUUUUACUUUUGUAAGUGCCGAUCUUGGUAAGCCAGAGACAGUAAAGUCAAGAGUAGGUUUGGGUUGUUUAUGGUGUUUAGAAAUUAUUGUUGGUUCGACAUCAUUAAAAAAUGUCAUUUCAAAUAGCCUGUGUACACACACACUUGGGGGAUCUGCACACAGGCUAUUUGGAUGAGGCUGAGUAUGAUGUGAAGAAUUAUGUAGGUCAAGGAGACUGUUAUCUCCCAAGGACUAAAUUAUUCCUUCCAACACCUGCAUUAUUCUUGAAACUACCGGGAUGUACAAAAGCCGGAUGCAAUAAUUGUUUUAUUACUCAUUCAAAAUCUCACAAAAAAGCUCGGAAAAUGCUACCUCGAUGCAAAGGUCCGUUCAACAAAAAAUUUCCUAGUUCUCGGCAGUUUCAGGAUAUGAAGGGAUCUUUAUUUUGGCGGAUAUUCGUCUUACUGCAGAUGUCUACCGUCAGUGAUAUUUUUGUCUAUUCUUGCAAUAAUUUUGAGUCAGUAGUUCGGCUAAUUCGUUUUCGCAUAACAUGCGAAAUCUUUGGCCAUUUUCUCUUGCUCUGCACAGCUGUGACAGCUGAGCCACCUCGCCGCAUGCUUGUGCAUCCCUUAUCAAUAUGAUUGACGGCAGUCGUAUUGAUAUCGGCAACAUCUUCCAAAUUUAGUCAAUGCUAGGUGGUUAUUAAGGUGAUUUUAAGCCACUCAUAAACGGAGAAAUAGUUUGAAUGAAUAUCAUUAUGCACUUUGCAGUAAUGACAAAAGUCUGAUACUAACAACUAAAAUGACAUCUAUUGAUUUAAUUACAGCUCGCUGACCCACAUGAGUAUAACGUGGCGGAGCAAUCUGAACACACGUAUUCGGCCUUGUACGCUUAAGUCUCUAACGAUGCUAAAGAUGAAGACAGAGUCUGAUAAGCUCAAUUGAAAAGCUUGGCAAUCAAAGAACAACCCCACCUUGAGUUAAAACUCAAAAUGACAGUAGACAGCUUAGUCGAGUACUUUAGGUUCCAAUCAUAUAAUCGAAUAUUCCGGGGGCAACAACCACAGUUGAACGAACUGUAUCAGGGUUGGUUUUUCGGUAUACGGUAGACUCCAAUUCACUUGGUAAGUACACAGAUGAAUAGAUGAUGGUAUGUAAGACCCUUGGGGCUGUACCUUGGUAAUGAGUUUCAACAAGGGGGAAGGUGGGGGCGGGGGGGUCGGCUACAGGUGCAGAACGGAGUUCACCUCGUAAUUAUAAAGUGGGGUCUGUGUUCCUACGUAAAACCCUUUCU